AUGGCCAGUCAAAGAAUCCUAAGUGCAGUUGAUUCGAUCAAUAAUCUUCUAAAGGCCCUGCCAUUCAGGCCGUCUGUUAGAAGAUGCCACGAUUCAUUUGUUCCGAAAGAAAUGGUUGGGCUUCUAAGAAAGAGAGCAUUGGAAAGUACUCUUCCUAUCCUUAAGGAAAUCAUAGACGGCAUUAAGCUUGGACAGAAGAAGGAGGAUAUCAUAGAUGACCGAGAAAUAUGUAGCAGAAGAGAAUUUGCAACAGGGCAGCUCCGGCACCUGAGACUUUCCAUGGAAAGUGAAUUUGAAGAGGGCAGAAUCAACAAGAUCAAGGAUCUUCUCAACGAAAUCGAAUAUUAUGAAAAAAUAGGAGUGAAGCCUAUCAAGAAAAUAAAUGUUGGAAAGGAGAUGACCUUGAAGAUUUUCCAAAUGCUGUCCUGCAGUGGAGAAGCACCAAUGGAUCCCUACAUCGGAGAAUACCUAGGGAGGAGGAUCUGUUUUUUCCAUGAGUCCCCUUCGGAAAUCGAAAUUUCGUCUCUGAGGACAAUGUUAAGGUUUCUUCAGGAGAGUGGAGGGGAGACAGCUGGAAGGAGAGGAGAGGAUCAGGCUUACGAGGAUCUGGAAUAA